CACUAUUCGCACGUGUGACACCGUGUGAGUAGUGUUGACUAGUGUUGACAGGUGUGUGGUUCUGUGCGUGUGAGUAGAGACCCCGGCCCGGAGCGUGAGCGUGGGUCCGGUGUGCUUUCGGCGUCCGGUUAUUUUGCGUUUGUUCUGUUUUUGAAGUUUAAGGUUAGGUUUCUGAUACAUGUAGUACUCGCAACAGCAGAGAAAAUGAGUCAAGAAUCUGAUUUCUUCGGAAUGGGUGAUAUGGAACACAUUCAAAGUAGCCUUGGUGAUGCAUCAAUAAGCAACAUAAUGAACAACUUAGACUGGGCUUCAGUAAUUGUUCCUCCUGACUGUCCCACGGGGGAGCUCCCCAUCCGUACAGAUUUCCCAGGGCCACAUUUCUUCGAUGCCAAAGUUGACGUGCUUGGCGAUGAAAACAAACACUUUGUGGUGUCCUCGAAACUAAAUAAAAUUUUUGUUAAUCUCGAGAAAGUGGUCCCAUUCCAAAUCACAUGGGAUGGGACUCCCAAUCUAUUUGUUAGAGCACUAAUGGUGUUCACUGAACCGGACCAAAGGAAAUUGCCCGUGAGAAGAUGUGUUACACAUCGGCAACAAGAUGACCCAACUAAUUUAACAUAUGCUCACCGAGAACAUGUCCUGGCGAUGGACAACGUAGGGGCUGUUUACUCAGUUGAUCCUUCCUCAUGUCGACACUCUGUCACAGUUCCUUUGUACCUCCAACCAGGGUGUGAAUACAACCCAAUUAAUUUAAAAUUUAUGUGCAUGACCUCUUGUACUGGGGGACUCAAUCGUUCUCCAACUGAUGUGAUAUUCACACUAGAAAAUGAAUAUGGUGCAGUUCUGGGCCGCAAGGUGAUAGGAGUGAAAAUCUGCUCCUGUCCCAAAAGGGAUGCUCGCAAGGAGGAGCAGAACUGUGGAGAAACGUCGACAGGCAAAAGAAAAAUGAAAGUGAAGAGGGAGGAGAAGACGCAUAGUGCAGUGGAGGGGCAGCCUAUGAAAAGGGUCAAGCAGGAGUUGAAUGAAUUUCCCAGCAGUAUGAAUUUACGGCUUACGGUGGAUUGUAUCAAUCCUGAGGUGUUCAGUGAGCUGAAGGAACACCUCGCUAAAUGGAAUUCCGUCAAGAUGUGGGAGUAUGCCGCACCGGGUGUCACCCCAACUCCCAUAAUUGAAGUAAACGACGAAACUGCGGUAUUGCCCCCACCUGACGAUUGACUGCAUGAUAGAGUCCUGAGACUGCAUCUGCGGUGAUAAAUCUUAAGUUUUGUUCUACUGAAUUUUGAAUUGUCCCUGUACAAAUCUGAAGGUGACUUCAGUCACUAGUUUCAGCUUUGUGGGUCAUAUAUGUUGCAUGAUAAUAUUCUGAAAUGAUUUUUCUCCACGAGAAAUCCUUGAUUCAGAAAUUUAAAACAUUAUAUCUUGAUAUAACAAAGUAAAGGAGUGAUGGAACAACCUGACUGACGGAUUCCGGGCCAUUGUGCAGCCUUAUAUGUGCUGCCCAUAUAUGUGCUGUUUAUUUUUGAUAGUUGUGAAAUUUUAAAUUUGGUUUCCCAUUUGUUGAGUUUAUUUUGGUUGAAUUUUUAACAUCAGACGGAGCACACCUGUGUACGGUUUUGCUACUCUACACACCUCCAACUCUGUUCAAUAAAUCUUUUUUUACUAUUGUUUUUA